AAGUGGCUCUGACUCUGAGUAAAGCUAUUUUAGCAGGAGAGGAGAGCUCUCUCUCUCUUGACAGCAGCUCUCUGAGGAGAGGAGGGUCUUCAAUCUGCAUCAGAGGACAGACUUCAGUGAGAGAGAGGAGCGAAGAAGAAGCAGCCUGUGAUGCUCACAUGACAGUGUGACUGAGACCACUAGAUGAGAGGGGUGAAGCUGUAGAAGAAUAACUGAAGAGAGAGAGAGAAGAUGCCUCCUCCCCCACCACCCCCUGCCCCUCCCCCACCCCCAACCUUCGCUGUGGCAAAUACACAGAAGCCAUCACUCAGCAAGAAUGAAGCACAAGGAAGAAACGCCUUACUGUCUGAUAUCGGAAAAGGAGCUCGCCUGAAGAAGGCCGUGACCAAUGACAGGAGUCAACCCAUCAUUGACAAACCCAAAGGUGGAGGUGGAGGUGGUGGAGGAGGAGGAGGAGGAGGAGGUGGAGGAGGAGGAGGUGGAGGUGGCGGAGGAGGAGGAGGAGGAGGACCAGUACUAGGAGGUCUCUUUGCAGGAGGCAUGCCCAAGCUUCGGUCCUCAGGAGGGAACAGUAACGGAGGCCCUAGGCCCCCCAUGGUACCUCCAGGAGGCCGUUCCUCAGGCCCCAGACCGUUUAGUGGUGGGGGCCCCUCCGCUGGCCCUCCACGGUUCUCGGGGGCCCCAGCCUUUCCCCGGAGCAGCGCCCCCGACCUCCCCAGGGGACGGGGGCCCCCGCGACCAGAGACCCCUGGCGGACCCCCUCCCCCAAUCCCCAACACCCCACGGCCCAACCAGAACUUCCAGAGCCGAGGGACCCCGCCUGUUCCAGGAGGAGCCCGGAUACCCAGCUCAGCCCCGGCACCUCCACCACCCAACCUCGCAGGCAGACACCAAGGCUUGCCCCCUCCCCCUGGCCCUAUAGGGGCCCCGUCUGGGCCAAAACCCUCCUUUGGGGCCCCUCCGGUUCCCAGUAGUGGACGUCCCCCUCUACCCCCAGCCCCCCACCCUGGCAGACCCUCAGAGGACCCCUGGCCCCCACCCCCACCCCUGGGGGGCCACCGGUCCUCCAUAUCCAGAGAUGGACCCCCACCGCCACCAUCUUUCAACUCCAAGCCCCCCAGCUCGUCUUCCUCUCGGCCCUCCAUCGGCGGUGGUGGAGCUCCCCCUCUCCCUCCUUGCAGACCGGGUCCUCCACUGUUGCCCCCAACGCCUGCGGGAGGAGAUGAACACACCCCCAGACUACCACAGAGGAACAUUUCACUCAACUCGCCGGCGCCGCCACCUGGCCGGUCAGGACCACUGCCACCCCCUCCCAGUGAGAGGCCGCCCCCUCUGGGUAAAAACCCCCCAGGACGGACGGGCCCGCUCCCUCCCCCUCCCUCCUCAGGUCCACGUGGAGGCAGUAUAAGGUCAUCUCCAGUCCCCUCACCUCCUAACCGCCCGGGAGCAGAGCCCCCCCGUGGGGGACAACGGCCCCCGCUCCCACCAGACCGACCGGGAAUAGGAGGCCCUCCUCCCCCACCUCCCCCCAUGGGCAACGGCUUCCAGAACUCCCAUCAACACGUUGAUGAGUGGGAGGCUCGGUUCCAGUUCCACCCGGUCUCAGACCUCCCUGUCCCAGAGCCUUACGUGUCCUGUCAGAAGACCUACCCCAGCAAGUUGUCCAAGACUGACGGCAGAGGUUCAGAUAAAAAGUCCAGGGGUGCCCCGCCACUACCCCCUAUCCCCAGGUGAAGCGCUCGUUUUUGGGAUGUCUCCCUCCCUCCCUCCCCUCACAUCCAUUCCCUUCCCUCCAUUCCCUCCUCUCCCCUCCCUCCCUCGCUUCCCUCCCUCCCUUCCUCUCCCUCCCUUCUCCUCUCCCUCCCUUCCUCUCCUCUCCCGCCCUUCUUCCCUCCUCUCCUCUUCCUCCCCUCCUCUCCCUCAGAGUACAUGGAUGUAAGUAUGUCACCUCCACUGCCUCUGUCCGUGAGGCUUAUAGCACCUCAUGGAAGGACCAUAUUUGCAGUGGGACUCACGCAACCAUGUGUUUCUGCCUGGAGUUGAGAAAAUAUUCUCAUUUAACGAACAGCACUCCAAACCAACCAAAGUCGCAACAGAGGCUCGUUUUAUAGGCUAUGCAUUUGGUUUUGCUCCACUAUGUAGUGUUGAAACUGUAUACUUUUGUUAUCAUUUUUCACUUUGCCUUUUUUUUUUUUCAAUUCCGGAUUGUUAUGAAGGAUCUUUGAGAUUUAAGGGAAACAGUCUGUUUCCGGAUGCUGUGCCUGUCUUCGCCAAAGAGCAACCGAACUAUAGCAUAUCAGUUACAAUAUUCUAACCAUCAAAGGGUACUUCUCCAUACAGUUCAUGUGCAGUUCACAGCAUGCCUUGUCUUUGUUUUUACACGGGAGAGACAAAAUGGACGCUUGUGUGUUACAGUAUGCCUUGAUUGAACGUUUUCUUUAUGCCUUGAAAGAAAAAAGGUCACUCAUGACAGUUGUUAGUUUAAUUUUGUAUGAUUUGAGUUGUUGGGAAGGACUAUUUGUUUUUAUUUUCUAAGUUAUCUAUUUGACUAUACAGUUACAGUAUUAUCUUCUGCUUCUGUACUACAGCUCUGGGACGUCUCCGCUACUUGAUAUUAACAUCAAGCUUGUCUCAGAACCACUUGCAGAGUGACAAUCUAAUAUUUGACCUAUGAAAGUAAAUCAUUAAAAUGUAUUAAAAUGUUACAUACAUGAUCCUGAAGUUAUGAUAUGAAUGAGCUUGCUCAUAGUCUAUGCAAGUGUUUAAUGUAUGCAAGGAGGAUAUGAAUAUCAAUCAAAAUAUGCUGGCUAUAUGCUGAUGUGUGAGAGAAAAGUGCUAUGUUUGGCCUCAGUGUUUUCUCUGUUCUGUAUAGACGAUAAUAUGCAUUUCUGAAUAGAGAAUGGGGGGGGAAUGGCAGGAGCAUGUGUGUUUGACCAAGACAAUCGGCUGCACUGGGACGUAGUCUCUUCCCACAGAGGCAGUGUCUCAGAUACAACUUGCAUUGGAGACUACCAGUCAGACCAAACAGCCAGAAACAUCCAGCAGAAAUGGAACGUUUUAAAAAGAAGACCAUUAAAGUUGUGUGUUAGUUCCUCGUCGGGUGACAGACAUAAUGACUGGCGUUCCUUAUGGGGACGUUUCUCUCUCUGUCUUCUUUCAGAAUGUAUUCUGUUUCUUGUUGCCUAGUUAUCUCUGUUAACCCAGAAGUCAAAUAUAGCGGAGUUGGGUCAGCUACACGCAGAAACUGCCCACGGGAGAUUAGUUCCCUAUGACAUUUACAAUGGUACUGCAGAGUGCUUUAUGCACUUUGGCUUCAAGGGAACUUUGAUAUAUAUAUAUUUUUUGAUGCAUUCAACUGCUUUUGUUUCUGCGUUUUUGAGUGUAUUUUCUUCCUGAUGCUUUUCAAUGUAGAACAAAGCAAACUAUUUCCAAAUAGAUUUUCUAAAUAAAGCAAAUAAAGUUGGAGUUGAGA